CCAGGUGAGCCGAGGGGCGGCCUCUUGCGCCUUCUGCACCGCCCAUCGCUAAGCUGGUGGGAGCCGAUAGGAGAAGAGCGUGGAAACUUUUCUGUUGCGUAGCCAGAUCCGGAUCCCGUGGCGGCGGCGGCUGGACUGACGUGGUCCGUCGAAUCAAAACAGAAGAGGAAAGCUGCGGCCGGAUCGGCGUCCUGGGGCUCCGCUCUCGUAGUCUGUGGUUUCAGCGCAGAUUAGACAAAGCCGGUCCGAUUAAGCUUCAUUGGAAUAACCAUGGCGGAAGGUGGAUUUGAUCCCUGUGAAUGUAUCUGCUCACAUGAACAUGCCAUGAGAAGACUGAUCGAUCUGUUACGACAAUCCCAGGCCUACUGCACAGACACGGAAUGCCUUCAAGAAUUGCCAGGACCAAGUCCAUCAGAUGAUAAUGGCAUCAGUGUUACAAUGAUAAUGGUUGCCUGGAUGGUUCUAGCCCUUGUCUUGUUUUUGAUGAGACCUGCAAACUUCAGAAGAUCUAACAGAGCUGAAAAACCAACCAGCCCACAUAAUGGACAAGAACCACCAGCGCCACCUGUGGACUAGAACAUACGGAAAAGUUCAACAACUGUAAUCUUGCACGACCAACUGGAUGAAAGUGACCAAACACUUUCUGUUCCUAAAUACUGUGUUUUCCACAAAUUUAUAACUCCUUUAUUUUAUUCUAUUAUCAUUCCUUGCAGAUUACACUUGAAUAAAUUAACCAAUGUGGCAGGA